AUGGCGAGGCGCUUAAAGGCCUCCGCCCAGCCCCGAGGAGGGUCUCCCGCCCCUAGGCAGGCUGCCACCCGCUCUGGGCUGACCUUGCUCGCAGUCUGCGGCGGAGCUGAGAGCUGCAGGAAGUUUCUGGGCGCCCUCCCCUCCUGGCGGCGGCACCGAUUCGGAGCUGUGGCGGCAAGAGUCACGGCUGGACAAGCUUUCAGAAAGUUUCUCCCGCUCUUUGACAGGGUGUUGGUUGAAAGGAGUGCCGCCGAAACCGUGACCAAAGGUGGCAUUUUGCUUCCGGAAAAGUCUCAAGGAAAAGGAUUGCAUGCAAGAGUAGUGGCUGUGGGAUCAGGCGCCGCCAAAGGAAAGGGUGGAGACAGUCAGCCGGUCAGUGUGAAAGUCGGAGACAAAGUUCUUCUCCCAGAAUACGGAGGCACCAAAGUUGUUCUAGAUGACAAGGAUUAUUUCUUAUUUAGAGAUAGGGACAUUCUUGGAAAGUGUGUGAACUGAAAUCACUGUUGAAAUGGCGUCACGUGAAGCUGCCCAUUCCGCUGACGGUCUGAACUAUUCAUCAUGUAAACAAUUUCCAUGCCUCCUUUUAUAAUAAAUUGAUGAUGCCCAAACUAAUGACAG